AUGACAGGAAAAACUGCCUCUGAGGCUUCUGCCUCAGAGGAGACAGUGCCUGAGCCAGCCAAGGCACCCACAGAGCUCUCUGGAGAGGUGGCAGCAUCAGAGUCCACUGGGCAAGAGCAGGCUUCAGAGCCACAGAAGCCUGGAUCUCAGGCACAGGACCCUGCAGUCCCUGAAGCCCCCGCCAUACCAGCCACCACUAAGCCUGAACCUCCACAUGAAGAUGGCCCCAGUGCCCCACUGCGGCUGACCCUGGAGGACGUGAGCCACAAUUCCUUGACUGUAAGCUGGGAGCCCCCCGAGAAGCUGGGGAAACUGGGGCUUCAAGGCUAUGUGUUGGAGUUCUGCCGCCAGGGAGCCUCAGAAUGGGUGCCUGUGAAUCCCCGGCCUGUGAUGGUGACCCAGCAGACGGUUCGAAACCUGGCCCUUGGAGACAAGUUCUUCGUGCGUGUGACUGCAGUGAGCUCUGCGGGGGCAGGCCCCCCAGCCGUGCUGGACCAGCCCAUCCACAUCCAAGAGAUCAUUGAAGCCCCCAAGAUCCGUGUUCCCCGACACCUUCGUCAGACCUACAUCCGCCAUGUGGGAGAGCCGGUCAACCUGCAAAUUCCCUUCCAGGGAAAGCCCAAGCCUCAGGCCUCUUGGACCCACAACGGCCAGGCCCUGGACAGCCAGAGAGUAAACGUGCGCAGUGGGGACCAGGACUCCAUCCUCUUUAUUCGCUCAGCUCAGCGAGCAGACUCGGGCCACUAUGAGCUCACGGUGCACCUGGAAGGCUUGGAAGCCAAGGCCAGCAUUGACAUCUUGGUGAUUGAGAAGCCUGGGCCCCCGAGCAGCAUCAAGCUACUGGACGUCUGGGGUUGCAAUGCUGCCCUCGAGUGGACUCCACCUCAGGACACAGGCAACACAGAGCUCCUGGGCUACACCGUGCAGAAGGCAGACAAAAAGACAGGGCAAUGGUUCACGGUGCUGGAGCGCUACCACCCCACCACCUGCACCGUCUCAGACCUCAUCAUCGGCAACUCCUACUCCUUUCGGGUCUUCUCGGAAAACCUGUGUGGCCUCAGCGAGUUAGCCACCACUACCAAGGAGCUGGCUCACAUCCAGAAAACAGAUAUUACUGCCAAACCUAGAGAGUUUGUUGAGCGAGACUUCUCGGAAGCACCCUCAUUCACCCAGCCCUUGGCUGACCACACCUCCACGCCUGGCUAUAGCACCCAACUAUUCUGCAGCGUCCGAGCGUCGCCUAAGCCCAAGAUCAUCUGGAUGAAAAACAAGAUGGACAUCCAGGGUGACCCCAAGUACCGCGCAGUUUCUGAGCAAGGGGUCUGCACCCUGGAGAUCCGGAAACCCAGCCCCUUUGAUUCUGGGGUCUAUACUUGCAAGGCCAUCAAUGUACUAGGGGAGGCCUCUGUGGAUUGUCGGUUGGAGGUCAAAGGUGAGAGUCUGAAGGUUGCCAUAGUGGACAGGGCAAGUCCCUCUUUGGAGAUGGACUAGAUGU